AUGGUUCGAGUGCAGCAACAACAGAAGCGAGAGACAGAACGGCCGCUGCCUCAAGAGAUGGCGAGUCAGGAGGUGGCAGAAGGGAACGCCCUCUAUCAGACUCGCGGGGAGGAGAAAAUGCCAGCAGCAGAACGCGCAGCACCACAGUUUCACCCACAGAAGAUUCUACAACCAGCAGGAAAACGGGGCUCUCCACCACCUCAUCCGCCGAAGAUUCGGUCACACGUAGGAGAACGAGACCAACCACAACCUCAGCAGAUGGAGAUUCUGUCACAAGUAGAACCCCAAGAGCUACCUCUACUUCUGGAGGGGAUUCCGUCACAAGCAGAAGGGCACGAUCUCCUACUACACAGUCCAGUGCUGAGUCUGUCACCAGCCGAAGACCUACGCCCACUGGAACAUCAGCAUCAGGAGAAACUGGCACAACCAGGAGAAAAAGAUCUACGACAACGGAAUCAGAUGAAGCCUCUACAGCAACUGGAACUACAAGGCACACCACUACGGCACCGGACGGCUCCGGCACACCCGGCGAACACGACCAACUACAACCCAAGAGGAUUCUGUGACAACCAGAAGAACAAGACCUACGGCAACGGAAGAGGACUCUGUGACAACCAGAAGAACGAGGUCUACGACAGCGGAAGAGGAAUCUGUGACGAGGAGGAGAACGAGACCUACGACAACGGAAGCGGAAUCUGUGACAACGAGGAGAACGAGACCUACGACAACGGAAGAGGAGUCUAUGACAACGAGGAGAACAAGGCCUACGACACCGGAAGACGACUCUGUGACAACGAGGAGAACGAGACCUACGACAACGGAUGCGGACUCUGUGACGACCAGACGAACAAGACCUACGACAACGGAAGGGGACACUCUGACAACCAGAAGAACAAGGCCUACGACAACGGAGGCGGACUCUGUGACAACCAGGAGAACACGACCUACGACAACGGAAGCGGACUCUGUGACAACCAGAAAAGCAAGGUCUACGACAACGGAAGAGGACUCUGUGACAACCAGGAGAACAAGACCUACGACAACGGAAGAGGACACUGUGACGAGAACACGACCUACAACAACGGAAGCGGACUCUGUGACAUCCAGAAGAACACGACCUACGACAACGGAAGAGGACUCUGUGACAACCAGAAGAACAAGACCUACGACAACGGAAGGGGACACUGUGACGAGGAGAACACGACCUACAACAACGGAAGCGGACUCUGUGACAACCAGAAGAACACGACCUACAACAACGGAAGAGGACUCUGUGACAACGAGGAGAGCACGGCCUACAACAACGGAAGAGGACUCGGUGACAACGAGGAGAACAAGGCCUACACCAACGGAAGAGGACUCUGUGACAACCAGAAGAACAAGACCUGCGGCAACAGAUGA